UAUUGAUCUAGCUAACUAGGUACCUUAUCUUUAAACAAAUACUAACACUGCAAUCGCAAUAACUUUUAAAUUUUUUUUGAUUGGACAUUCUAAGUUACCCAUAACAAAAAUAGUAGUUUUUAUUAGUUUUGAAUUGGCAACAAUUUUUAAAAGUGGCGGAAAAAGUAGGCAAGCGAGAAGACCGGUUGUCAGUCGGGCAGGCACUGCAGGCAGUCAGUUCCGAACCCUUGAGCUGGAAGGUUGUUUUAACUAUUUCUGUAACGUUGUGUCCCAGGUUUAAUAGAAGUGAUUUUUACAGUAUUAGCUAUUAAUGCUUGUCGUUGAAAACUAUUCUUACUAUUUAACAUCAAAAUGCAUCGUCUGUAUUCGUAUAUGGGGAGUGAUGCUGGUCAUUGGUAUAUGAGUGAGGUGAGCGCGCGAGUGGUAGCGGAGUCAGGACGACCGGAAGACCGCUUCCACCUCGGCAAGCUGCUGCUGAUGAGCCUCAGAGAUGACCCGGAUUUCAUUUCACAGAUUGACGGUGGUACAGGUCAGUCAGAAACGUGCGGUUCAGUACUGGAGCGCAGCGUGCGGUGCGCCGGCGCAUUCAGGGAGCUGGGCUUGCGAUGCGGUGAUAUCAUCGUGUUAAUAGCGCCCAACCACUUGGACGUCGCCAUCCCCUACUAUGCUGGCCUUUACACUGGCGUCGCUGUGGCUCCUGUUGAUAGAUUUCUGCAAAUAAACCAACUAGAAAGCAUAUUUAUGAAGGACAAGCCCAAAAUAGUGUUCUGUCAAAACGAGAGAAUAAAAUGUGUCACAACAGCCCUUGAAAACUGUCACUUAGAUUCAGUAAUUGUUGUUUUUGAUGACGGAAAUAGAAACGUUGAUAAGACCAUUUCCUUUAAAGAAUUUUUGGCAAAAUAUGGUGAUGGGACUACUGUGAAGAACUUUAAAGCAACAGAUUUUGAUCCGGAGAUGACAACUGCGACUCUUAUGACUACUAGCGGGUCUACUGGUCUGCCUAAACAGCCUAUAUUAACACACAAGAACUUCGUUGUAGCUGCUAAUCACGAGUGGCCUAUGGCUAAGAAAUAUCCAAGACCGACCAAGAUGCAUUUAAUAGUAUCGCCCUUGCAAUGGCUCACGGCGAUUGUACAUUUCCACUUAUCUGCCAUUAUGAAGUACACACGACUACAGACUUCCGUCGACGUGGACUACGACCACGCGUGUCAUCUUAUAAAUACUUACAAGCCCACGACUGCGUUCCUCAGUCCACCAUAUCUGGCGAACCUUCUGAAUUUGGCGGCUGACAGAUGUGACUUCACAUGUCUAGAAACUAUACUAGUUGGAGGAAGUUCAGCGGCGCCUGAACUUCUAACUAAAAUGAAGAAUCUCUCUCCAAAGACAUUAAUACUUCAGACAUAUGGUACGACGGAGAUAUGCAGCUGUGCAUUCACCCCAGAUCCCGAUGUCAGGGGUUCUCUAGGCAAGCCUGCUAGACAUCUCGAACACAGGUUAAUAGACGUAGAAACAAACGAAGAUGUCGUGGAACCAAACGUAAAAGGAGAAUUGUGGUUAAAAGGACCAAGUGUGUUUAAGGGAUAUUACAAGAACGAAGAAGAGACGAAACUAAUGUUGAGAGAAGACGGCUGGUACAAGACCGGAGACAUAUUCUACCGUGAUGAGCACUGGAACUUCUUCUUCGUGGCGCGCAUCAAGUUGCUGCUGAAGUAUUACCAACAUUAUAUGUCUCCUGCGGAGAUCGAGAAUGUAAUAAGGCAGCACCCAAGAGUCCAAGACGUGGUGGUGACCGGUAUACCGGACCCUGAUUGCGGAGAUCUUCUGGCCGCAUGCGUCGUGCGUCGUCUUGGAUCUACUGUCACUGCGCAGGAAAUCAAGACUCUUGUUAAAGACAAUCUACCAGACUCGAGGCAGCUGAGAGGAGGUGUCGUGUUUGUAGACAAACUGCCCCUGACUGCCACCACCAAAGUUAAUUUGAUGAAAGUUCAAGAACUACUUGUUACUUUGAAACGAGAAUAGAAGAAUCAUUGUGCUGAUUAAUCAUUACCUGUAUUGAGAUUGACCACUCAUUUAGAGAUCUUCUUCUUCUUAUCGUGUGGGUUAAGAGAUGGAUUACUGAUGUAAGUACGUAGUCGUUACAUGAAGCAUGUCAGGGGCCUAUCUUCUCUUCUUCUUCUUCUAGUGUCAAGGUUAUUAUUAAGCCGCCAAAAGCCUGACAUGGCUAAUGUAACGACUACAUACUUACAUCAGUAAGUAGUAACCGGGACCAACGACUUAACGUGCCUUCCGAAGCACGGAUCAUCUUAUCGGGAUUCGAACCCGGGGCCUCCGGAUCGUGGGCAGAACGGUCAACCACUGGACCACGGAGACCGUUCUGUGGUAAAAGCAUAAUUCAAGUUGAAUAUGUUUUAUUCCAUCGACAGGCCAAUGGCAGAGAAAUUCCCGACACCGACAAAGAUGCAUUUAGUUGCAUCACCUUUACAAAUGGAUCUCUGCAAUUGCACAUAUCAACAUGUAUAUGUGUGUAUUCAUGUGUUAUGUCUGAGUGUUGAAAUUUAGUCCUGUGCAAUAAAGUAUAUUUGAUUUAAUUUGAUCAACUUGUCUUUCAUCUCGAGCUCCUCCGUGCUUCGGAAGGUUCGUUAAGCCGUUGGUCCCGGCUGCAUUA